AUGAGCAGUACUAACGAUAGUACCACCCUCAAGAGUAAUGAUAACAAUACUCCCAAAGAAAUCACCACUCAAACAUCAUCUAAUCCAAGAUCUAGCCAAAGAACACCUAAUCCCAAUCGUCAACACAGAAAUAAAAGAGACAGCUUUGAUGAUCUGGACUAUGAUCCGGAAGAAAAAAUUUUUAAAGAAAAUCCCCUUCAUUUUGUUACUCCAGAAUAUGCACAAAAAUGUAUAGAUAAUGAUGAUUACGAUAUAUAUCCUCCUGAAGUUGCCCAGGAAAUCUUAGAUCAAUUAACAAUGGCUCUUCUAGCCUACACACGACAUCGCUCUCCUGAGGAGAUUGCCUCGUCUUGA